CACCAUUUGACACGCUGGGCGCCUGUGCGGACAGACUGGCAGAGCCGAGGAGGAGUAGUAGUACUAGUAGUAGUGGGGACGGGGCCAGCUGACCGGAGGAGGGCGCUGUGCUGCACGGGGAACUUUUUUACGUGCGGCAGGUAGGCGAGCGGAUGGACUCGUGCGGGAUGGAUGCGGUGCAGCCAGCUGGGAGCCGAACAGUGUCCUAACCUCCUGCACCGAGCUGCACAGCGACCCCCGCGCUGGAGCUGGUGGACCGCGGUACUGCACACCUGGGGAUACGGGCGUCGUGGGGUGCAGCCCAUGUUGAAUCUGGAGCUCCGCUGCUGAUCUGCCUCCACCCUCGGCUUGGGGAGACCCCGACUCACCUCCUCCUCCCUCUCCUGAAGCUUUCCCUGGGGCUUUGUUCCUUCCUGUCCCGCAGUGGCUCCCAAGUGCUGCUGCUGCUGCUGCGGUGGUGGCGGCGGUGCUGGCGGCGGCUCCUCCACCCAGCCGGCGCCCCUGGACCCGGAGAACGGGGGCUCAGCUGGCCCCAGCGAGCGGGCACUGAAAACUGGACGCAUCAAGAGGAUGGUGCGGCUGGCAGCGGAGCUCCUGCUGCUGCUGGGACUUGUGCUGCUCACACUGCACAUCACUGUGCUGAGAGGGAGCCCUGCCAGCCCUGCCAAUGUCAGCAGCCAGCACCAGAAUGGUGAGUCAUCUUCAGAAUCCAGCUUUCCAUUUUCCAAUGGGGAAAGACAAGAAUAUCUAGAAGACCAGGCUACACGUAGGUCUCUACCUAAACAUCAUCUUAUGACCAAUGGACACUCCUCUUUACAAAGAGAUGGACCAGGCUCAUUCCUUUUGGAUCUCCCAAACUUUCCGGACCUGUCCAAGGCUGAUGUUGAAGGUCAAAAUCCAAACAUUCAGGUUACAAUUGAAGUAGUUGACGGAGCAGACAUAGAGCCGGAAAAUGAAAUGCCAAAGGACAACAAGCCCAGCUGGCCAGUUCCAUCACCUGACUGGAGAAGUUGGUGGCAGAGGUCAUCAACACUACCCAGGAUAAAUUAUGGAGGCCAGGAUUACAAAUAUGACAGCACCACUGAGGAUAGCAACUUCUUAAACCCUCUGAGUGGGUGGAACAGGCAAGUUCCCAGUCACCGUACACUUGAUCUGAAGGAACAGCCAGAGUAUGAUUAUGCAGAUGGAGAAGGUGACUGGAGCACAUGGUCUGUUUGCAGUGUUACAUGUGGUAGUGGAAACCAGAAACGUACCAGGUCCUGCGGAUAUGCCUGCACAGCCACAGAGUCCAGGACGUGUGAUAUGCCAAAUUGUCCAGGAAUUGAAGACACAUUUAGAACAGCAGCAACAGAAGUGAGUCUCCUCGCCGGGAGUGAAGAAUUUAAUGCCACAAAGUUGUUUGGAGUUGAUACUGACAGUUGUGAACGUUGGAUGAACUGCAAAAGCGAGUUCCUCAAGAAGUAUAUGCAUAAAGUAGCCAACGAUCUUCCAAGCUGUCCUUGCUCUUAUCCUACAGAAGUUGCCUACAGCACCGCGGAUAUAUAUGACCGCAUUAAACGGAAAGAAUUUCGCUGGAAGGAUGCAAGUGGUCCGAAAGAGAAACUUGAGAUUUACAAGCCAACAGCACGGUACUGCAUACGGUCAAUGCUUUCUUUGGAUAGCACAACUCUAGCUGCCCAGCACUGUUGCUUUGAUGACAGCAUGCAAUUAAUCACUCGGGGUAAAGGCGCAGGCUCCCCAAAUCUGAUCAGCAUAGAGUUUUCUGCAGAGCUGCAUUACAAGGUGGACAUAUUACCAUGGAUCAUGUGCAAAGGUGACUGGAGUCGGUAUAAUGAGGUGCGACCUCCGAACAAUGGACAAAAAUGCACAGAGAACCCCUCAGAAGAAGACUAUUUAAAACAGUUCCAAGAGGCCCAAGAAUUCUAGACACUUGCCAUGAUGGAAAGAUAUGUAUAGCACGAUGGGGUCACCAUCUUCAUUCUUGUCUUGGGGUGUACAAGACUUGUGCAAAUAUCUACCUUAUUUGUAACCAAUGUGGAUACAUGUUUGUAUCUAGACUAUCCUAGGCAUCUCUAUAAAAAAAAAAAAUGGCAGAUGGUAA